CUAUUGUCAAGCCGAACUGCCGAAGAUACAUUUCGCCAUGAAAUAGCGUUGAAAGCCGGUGUGUAAAAGUGUAAUCUUUUGGGAACACGAUAGGUCCUUGAAUGUACCCCCCUCUCAUCCGCGUUUUCCUCGGUUGAUACAAGAUCAAUAGGUGUCGAAAUAUGUCAAAUAAUACCAGCAGUGAAGAAUUACAUAAAUGUCGGGUCUGUUGUAAAACAUUUAGCCGUCGAACGUAUCUCGUAUUGCACGAAAAGAUUCAUGGUGAAAAAUCCUACAAAUGUGACAUUUGCGGCAAAGCCUUUAGUCAGCCCGCUGGGCUGUGGAUCCACAAGAAGCACCAGAGUUGCUUGAAACGAAACUCUUCUAGCGAAAGUCGCGCCGAAACUGAUGAACAAGGUGGGAAGGAAAAAAGUAGUGUUGAAAAACGGCACGAGUGUGAUAUCUGCAACAAACGCUUCUCGCAAAAACAUUUGUUAAGUUAUCAUAUGAGAACGCACACUGGCGAAAAUCCUUAUCCAUGUACAACAUGUGGCAAAACGUUUCGGGGAGCAGUUACCUUAAAGUACCAUGAAAGAACACAUACUGGACAAAAGCCUCACACUUGCAUUUUCUGUACGAAGUCGUUUACUCAGUUGGGACCACUGAGGGCGCAUUGUAGAAAAGAACAUCAGUCAGACAGGAUUUAUGAAUGUGAUGUUUGCAAGGAAAAAUUCGAGAAAUUUCUGGAAUUAUCCUCACACAAGAAAACACAUUUGGAAACUUGUACUGACUCUCAAUGUGGAGAUGUUGGUAUAUCUAAUACUGAGCGUGUGAACGCUUCGAUUCAUGUAACAAACGUUUGUUGCCAAAAUUUAGAUAAAUUGAAGAAAAUAGACCAAGAUUCCGAUCCAGAUGCAGUCAAAACUCCCACAAGCAGUAAAAGAGAUGCACCCGAACCUAGUAGCGAAAUUAACAGCAAAAAAAGGAAAAGAAAGGUUCAGGCCAAGUCUUCUCCUCGUCGCAAGAUUCGUUUAAAUAAAUCAGUUGGAGAGGCCGUAAUCCGAAGCUAUACAGAAGGAGAAAACUGUCCUGGUUAA